UUGGGUAUGAAUCAGUUGCUGGUAUUAAGGCAAAAACAAAAACCAGCACACCCUGUGGCUCUCCAGGACCAGGGUUGCCGACCCCUGCUAUAAAGGCUUGUUUAAGAAUUGCAGAGAUCCAUAAAAUGCCAUCUCCAUGCCAACAAACUCUUUGGAAGAUUUGCACAAUGAAAGCCCAUACUGAGCACAAUAAACAAUGCCCUCAGGUUACUUCCAGUCAACAACCUAGCUGCUGAGUUCUGGAAAGCUUGAAGUUGGGCUAAAGCUUGCUGACUCAGACAGGUAAACAAAAAAUUACAACAUUCUAGUCAUGAUGAAACAAAGGAAAUAAUCAUUUUCUCUGAAACCCCUGAUCUUAUUUUAGCUAUGUUCUAUGUAAGAUACAAAUGGCAUUAUUGAAGAAGCUUUUUAUUUGUUUUUCAAAAUUGAGAUUAGUAUAAAAAAAAUCAGACCUAGGUUUCUAGAAAAGGGCUCUGGGUUUGAAGCAAAAGGCCCCAAAACUAAUUUGAUCUGAUCACUGAUGGAUGUGAUCUUAGAAUUAAGCUGAAGGAAGUUAAAUCACAUGCAAUACUGUGAAAAAAUCUUAAGUGCAUCUAAAAAAAGAAAAAUGUAAAGCAGAGCUGCUUUCAAAAAUAAAUUGUAUAAAAUAAAUCAUUACAUAUAUAUUUUUUACAUUAUAAAGAGCACUGAACUGUUAAAAACCAAAUCAAAUCAGUAUUGUUGUGACCACCCUACACCUUUAGGUACACUGUCUUGCAGAUUUAUAAGAAAAUCAGCUGGUAGGUUGUACCAAACGAUGUUUUUGCAACAUUACAUUUUUUGUAAAGUUAAUGUUUGCAGAUCUCAAAUUUGCUCUUUUCUACUAACACUGCAAAAAUAUAUAAGACCAAAUUUGUAUUCCAAAACAUCUUGGGUGCCUAAGACUUUUGCUCAGUACUGUAUUAAUAUCUGCCAGAUAGUCAUACGGAAGUAGGCUGUUGGCCUAAUCAAUAGGUUUUACAGAUUCCUAGUCACAUUAUGCUCAUUUUAUACAGAAUAGUCAAACUCGCAUUACAAUAUUAUGUUACGGCGCUGAAGCUUUGACGUGACAUAGGUGAGCAUUUCCAGUGCGCACGCGCUGUCCUACGCAUGAGAAACACGCUGUUGUUAUAGGAACUUCAAACAGUUCUGGGUUCCAAGAGAAUAUUGUGAUUCUUCACAUCAUUUUGCCGAGUUAACGUUAAUGGCCAAUUUCUUCUAAACUGAUUUGGCUUUGUUGCCAUUUAGUGAACUUUACCAAAAUUAACUAUCGUUCGUAUUUUAAUUGUUCCUUCAAGUAGGCUGAAAGUUAUGGGGAACAUUAAGGAGCGAUACUCUGCCAUCUGCUCUGAGCUUCAGUUGCGCACAAAUCCGUACAUUUUACAGGUGCUGGAAGGUACGGAGGGGCAGACGAAGGAGAUUCUGAUCAAAGUGACGGGAAACAACCGAUUGCUACCAGUGCAGAAGCUGACCGAUGAAGAUGCACUAGCGUUGUGCAAAACCAUAUUCAACAAUGUUUCAGUUAAAGCUAUCGAUUUACGGUACAACGGAAUUUCUGACGAAGGAGCCAAGCACCUUGCAGACCUCCUUCAGGAGGAUGUGUCCGUUCGGUCUCUCAAUCUCAUGUGCAACGACAUAAAGACCGAUGGUGCAAAGCUCCUUGGAAAAUGUUUACAGCUGAACAAAACCUUGAAGACAUUACGGAUGACAGGCAACAAGAUCGGGAACGGAGGUGCCAUGCACCUAGCCUCUAUGCUGCAGACAAAUUCUUCUUUAGAGGAGUUGGAUAUCUCAGACUGUGAUCUGGAUACACAGAGCUUAAUCGCCUUCGCCAUCGUCCUAAGUAGCAACAGGAGCAUUUGUGCCAUUAAUCUCAGUCGCCCCUUGCUCUUCAGUCAUCAGGAGGAGACAACGUGGCAUUUGGCUCGGAUGCUGACAGUGAACCAACACCUGCAGGAACUGCACCUGGGGAAGCAUGCCAUGACGGAUUGGGGUGUAGAGAGGCUCUGCCAGGCACUGAGGGAAAAUGUCACCCUCCGAUACCUGGACCUCCGCUGUAACCGCAUUGCACGUGAUGGGGCCAGGCAUCUGGCAGAGCUUCUGAAGCUGAACACAACUCUGGAGAUACUGGACCUGUCCUCAAACAGGAUAGAGGAUGAGGGGGCCGCCCACCUCAGCCAGGCAAUCGCACUGCAGAAGAGCACCCUGAGAGCGCUGUCCAUCCCGAGCAACAGCAUUGGAUCAGCGGGACUGGUUUUGCUUGCUAAAGCCAUGGGCGUCAACUCCUCCCUGUCGCACAUUUACAUCUGGGGAAAUAAUCUGGAGGAGCCAGCCUGUGUGGCAUUCGCUGACCUCAUUAAAAGUGGGCGACUGCGCGAGGAGGACACAGACGUUUCUCCAUAUGAGGUAGACGGUCGUGUGUUUCUGGCGGAGGUCUUUCACGGAUUGCGAAGGCACUACUACUGGACACCUAGCUUCGGGCAGGAUGGUGACCCAGCCAGCAACUCGGCACUUGCCUUGAAUGCCUCUUCGUAAAACAACCAAGCACAUUCCUCGUAGUUUACCUUCUGUAUAGUACUGCCUGUUAAGAAGUUACUUGACAGAAUCACCCUUUGAAACCAGAUCAGAGAAUCUUGCCUGUACCUGUAUUUGUUGUCAAUAAAAAAAAACUGUUGCAGCCUGUUGUAUCAGUAGUCGAGUAACUCUAAACGCCACCAUUGUAAAAACAAAACUUGAAUAUGAAUGCCUAUGUUUCAAUGCUGUAACACAAGUGCAAUAUUGAGUGUUGAAUGCACUAUUGAUUGCACUUUUUUGAAUGCAAUCACUACAUUCCUGGAUAUGAAGUGUGGGAUUAUUAAUCAUAUGUAGGGCCUAUAAAAGCUGUUUACAUGCAAUAAUUAUGUGUGUGAUUAAGCAAUUGGGGUGCCAUUUAGCCCUUGUAACUCUUUAAAAUGAAACUUCAUUUUUUUAAAUCAUUUGUCAACAUUGAAUCCAGAAAAACAAGUUCAAAAUUCAAUCAAAAAUGUGUUUACCCAUCUCAGUUAAUGAUAUCCCAUUUCUAA